AUGAGUUCGAAAUCACGACGCAGGUCCCGCUCCAUCUCAAGAAACAGGAGCCGAGACGAAAGACACAGAUCCAAGUUAAACAGAUCACCUUCUGUCGAGUCCAAACGACCUACACGGGACCAUGAGAGGGCCAGCAGCAGCGGGAGUUCAACCGACGCUUCUCCGGAGAGACUGCGGCCUCAACACAAGCGCCGCGACCAGUCCAGAAGUGGCUCAGAAGGAGACGGCAUUAGACGUUCUACAGGCCACAAGAGCAAGCUAGGGUAUCAAACCAGAAGUACGGACUCCGAUGACUCCAGAAGAGGAAGAAGGAAAGAGUCUGAUAAAAAGAAGAGAGCCACAAUGCACAGAAGAAUGGCUUCCCGUUCCUGCUCCUCUGAUGAUAGCAGUACCCAAGAGGGGAGGAAUGCGAGCACUGACAGAUACAGGCAAAAGGGCACCAGGGCCAGCUGUUCAGUCAAGGAGAGAGACAAUAAGAAAAAACAAAAAGAAAUGCUCAAGGCACUGGAAACUCCUGAAGAAAAGCGAGCCAGGAGGUUGGCCAAGAAGGAAACCAAGGAGAAAAAACGAAGAGAAAAGAUGGGCUGGAGUGAGGAGUAUAUGGGCUACACCAAUGCUGACAAUCCCUUUGGGGAUAACAACUUAUUGGGCACAUUUAAAUGGCAAAAGGCAUUAGACAAGAAAGGCAUUGGUCACCUUGGAGAAAAAGAUCUCAAAGAGAGAAAUAAAUUAAUUCAAGAAGAGAACCGGAGAGAACUUCAGAAGGUGAAACAACUGCGCCUAGAGAGAGAACGAGAAAAGGCCAUGAGAGAAACAGAGCUAGAGAUGCUUCAGAGAGAAAAAGAGGCAGAGCAUUUCAAAACUUGGGCAGAGCAAGAAGAUAAUUUUCAUUUACAGCAGGCCAAACUAAGGUCAAAGAUUCGGAUUCGUGAUGGUCGGGCUAAACCUAUUGAUCUUUUGGCAAAGUAUAUAAGUGCAGAAGAUGAUGAUCUUGCAGUGGAAAUGCAUGAGCCUUAUACUUUUCUCAAUGGGUUGACUGUUACCGACAUGGAUGACCUGCUGGAAGACAUAAAGGUGUAUAUGGAGUUGGAACAAGGCAAAAAUGUUGAUUUUUGGCGAGACAUGACAACAAUUACAGAGGAUGAGAUUUGCAAGUUGAGAAAACUGGAGGCCUCUGGAAAGGGACCAGGUGACCGUCGUGAAGGCAUCAACACAGCAGUGAACACAGAUGUUCAAACAGUUUUUAAAGGAAAAACGUACAGCCAAUUGCAGGCGCUGCAUCUAAACAUAGAAUCAAAAAUUCGGGGUGGGGGCUCCAAUCUUGACAUUGGAUACUGGGAAAGCUUGCUGCAGCAAGUCAGAGUUUACUUAGCAAAAGCAAGGCUUCGAGAACGCCACCAAGAUGUUCUGCGACAGAAGCUGUUCAAGCUGAAGCAGGAACAGGGUGUGGAAAGUGAACCCUUGUUCCCCAUUAUCAAAGACGAGCCAUCAGAUAUCGAUCAAGGGCAGGAAAGCGUGACUAAAGAAAACCCCACGACCACCAAUGAACCACAUCAGGCGGAAGAAGAGGGUCCAUCCAAAACAUCUGCAGAAAAUCCACAGGAGGGAGCAGACAACAGUCAGGAAGAGGAGAGUAAAGAAGAGACUGAAGCGGUUUUGACAGAGGAAGACCUGAUUCAACAGAGUCAAGCAGAAUAUGACUCUGGGCGCUACAGUCCACCGCUCAUCACCACCUCAGAGCUGCCCUUAGAUUCUCACACUACUACCCCAGAGGAGGACCUCCACAGGCUGCAGUUGGCACGUCGACUCUUACAGGUGACAGGUGAUGCCAGUGAGAGUGCUGAAGAUGCUUUUAUUCGGCGUGCCAGAGAGGGAAUGGGGACCGACGAGGCCCAGUUCAGUGUGGAGUUUCCAGUCACAGGAAAAAUGUACCUGUGGGCAGAUAAAUACCGCCCAAGAAAGCCACGUUUCUUCAACAGGUUCGCCAAUGGGAUCUUUCAACUGUGGUUCCACUUCAAGAGAUACCGCUACAGAAGAUAA